CUGAUUGGGUGUCCGUGGUCACGUGUCAGCGUGGUUCUGAUGAGCGGCCAUAUUAGGCCAGUUCAUUCUUUCACGCGACCGGGCUCACGCUGAAGAAUGGCGAGCGCGGCGUGUACCCCGGCCGGGCCGCAGCCGUUGCCCCGCAGCGGCAGCGCGACUCCUCUGAGCCCCGCGCGGAUCUCCAGGCUGCGGGAGAAGGAGGACCUGCAGCAGCUCAACGACCGGCUGGCGGUGUACAUCGACACGGUGCGCGGCCUGGAGACCGAGAACAGCGCGCUGCAGCUGCAGAUCCGCGCGCGCGAGGAGGAGCGUGCACGCGAGAUCUGCGGGGUCAAGACGCUCUACGAGACAGAGCUGGCGGACGCGCGCACGGCGCUGGACCACACGGCGCGGGAGCGCGCGAGGCUGCAGAUCGAGCUGGGCCAGAUCGGGAGCGCGCACGAGCAGCUGCAGCACACAUGUGCUAAGAAGGACGCGGACCUCUCUGGCGCUCAGGCCCGGCUGAAGGAGGUUGAAGCCCUGCUGAACUCUCGAGACGCGGCGCUGAACACUGCGGCGUCCGAGAGGAAGACCCUGGAGAACGCCUUCACAGACCUGCAGAUCCACGUACAGGAGCUGGAGGGCGGGCUGGGCUCGGCUAAGAAGCAGCUGUCGGAUGAAACUCUGCUGCGCGUGGAUCUGGAGAACCGCUGCCAGAGCCUCAUGGAGGAGCUGCACUUCAGGAAGAACAUGUUUGAGGAGGAGAUCAAGGACACGCGCCACAGACACGAGACCCGUCUGGUGGAGGUGGACUCGGGCCGGCAGAUGGAGUUCGACUUUAAACUGGCUCAGGCAUUUGCAGACAUGAGACGGCAACACGACGACCAGAUCAAACUCUACAAGGAGGAGAUGGAGCAGACUUACGUGGCCAAGCUGGAGAACGUGCGUCUGUCGUCCGAGAUGAACAGCUCUUCAGCCAGUUUGGCCCGUGAGGAGCUGCGCGAGUCCACGCUGAGAGUCGAGAGUCUGGCCGCUCAGCUCACUAACCUGCAGAAAGAGGCGCGUGCGUGGCAGGAUCACAUCAGUGAGCUGGAAGCGGCUCUGAGCCGAGAGAAAGACGUGAGCCGCCGGUUACUGGCCGAGAAGGAGCGCGAGAUCGCUGAGAUCAGGGCCAAGAUGCAGCAGCAGCUGGACGACUACGAGCAGCUCCUGGACGUCAAGCUGGCGCUGGACAUGGAGAUCAACGCUUACAGGAAGAUGCUGGAGGGAGAGGAGGAGAGGUUGAAGCUGUCUCCCAGCCCCUCGUCUCGCGUGACGGUGUCGCGGGCGUCCUCCAGCCGCAGUGUUCGCACCACACGCGGGAAGCGGAAGCGUGUGGACAUGGAGGAGUCCGAGGCUAGCAGCAGCGUUCGCAUCGCUCACUCGGCAUCUGCCACUGGAAACAUCUGCAUCGAUGAGCUGGACGUGGACGGGAAGUUCAUGCGCUUGCACAACAACUCUGAGCAGGAUCAACCCAUGGCAGGAUUUCAGCUGAUUCGAACUGUCGGUGAUGUUUCUGCAGUGUAUAAAUUCACUGCUAAAUACACCCUGAAGGCUGGACAGAAAGUGACGAUCUGGGCGUGUGAUGCGGGCGUGAGCUCCAGUCCUCCUGCUGACCUGAUCUGGAAGAGCCAGAGUUCAUGGGGGAGCGGCGAGGACAUUAAAGUGCUUCUGCUGAGCCCAGACGGAGAGGAAGUGGCUGUGAGGAGCACAGUGUUCAACAGCGCAGUGGAGGAGGAAGAGGAGGAGGAGAAGGACGCUGACGUCAUCGAGGAGCGCUUCUUUCACCAGCAGGGAGAUCCACGUGCUGCCAAGAGAGGCUGUUUGGUCAUGUGAUCAACUCUUCAGCCAAUCAGAGCUGCCAGUUUAAGCACCAUAAAGCUUCCUGUGUGAUCGAGU